GCCGCUUGCACCUCGCCUCGUCUUCCUCCGCUAGUCGCGCAAGCGUGCCUACUGCCUAUAUAAGGCGACAACACCUUCCUCCCCCCAUUUCUACCCUCCAAAGUCCAAACCCCUCUCCUUUCCGCCUUCCGCGCGCGCGCGCGUCUCAAUCCUUUCCUUUGUAGGGGUUAGGGUUUGGUGCCCCAAUCUGACUAAUCUAGCAUUUCGGUUAGGAGGCGGCGGGAGGGAGCGCAUGGCGGACGCGCCGGCGAGCCCCGCCAGCGCCGGCGGCGGGGAGGAGGACGGUGGGUUCAAUCUGCCCAUCGCGAACAUCACCCGCAUCAUGCGGAGGGCCAUCCCGCCCAACGGGAAGAUCGACAGGGAGGCCGCGGAGGCCGUGCAGGAGCUCGCCACCGAGUUCAUCGCCUACAUCACCCUCGUGGCAAGCGAUAUCUGCAAAAGGGAGAACCAGGAGACCAUGACCGGCGAGGACCUGCUGUGCGCGAUGUAUGCGAUACGGCUUGACGACUACAUGGACCCCCUCAAUCUCUACCUGGACAAGUACAUGUCCACAGAUGUGCGUACUGGCGAUUCAACGGAGCAGCCAAUGGACGAGGGAAUGAGUAUGGAACAGUGCGAGCAACCAGAGGUCGUUCUGCCACCACUGCAUUCCACUGUUGUUGGAAUUGCCGAGAUGGGACAAGAACAGGGGAAAGAUCAGCUUCCCGAUGGAAACCUCAAACCCUCUGAAAUUAUUGUCCAACAGAACUGCCCAGAAUUUAAGACUCUGCCUCUUUCCUCUACCGAGGUAACUUUGUCAGAGGUGCUACUUUGCCCAAUGGAGGUGGAACCAAUAGCCUUGCACGUGCCUGAUAUCAGGCAUUGGUCUGAGCUCCCACUUGAUGCACUUUCUGCAAUCUUUAUGAAGCUUGGGACCAUUGAGAUCCUUAUGGGUGCAGGACUUGUGUGCCGACCAUGGUUGGCGGCUGCCAAGUCCCCUGAGUUGUGGCGUUUUGUGGACAUGACACGCCACAAGGUGGUUUUCUCAAAGUCUGAAAACAUCAUGCUCAAAAUGGCUAAGGUGGCUAUAGAUCGCUCUGAUGGACGGAUGGAAUCAUUCUGGGCUCAGAAGUUUGUCAGUGGCGAACUCCUGGAUUACAUUGCAAGCAGAGGCAACUCACUGAAGAGCAUUCGACUCAUUGCCUGUGGAUUCUGUUGGGAUGGUGCGGUUACUAGGCUUGCAGCAAAAUGUCAAAUGCUAGAAGAGAUAGAGUACUCGCAUCAGAAGCAGCCUGGAGAUUUUUUCAAGCAGCUCGGUGCAGUUCGCCCAGAGCUGAAACGUCUAAGGAUCCAUAUGCAGUGGUUCGACUCAGAUGCGAUAGAGCGUGAGAUGAGGGAGGAGCAGCAAAGCUCCCACGACGAGGACGAGGAAGAGGAAGAGGAAGAGGAAGAACCGUAUGAGGCCUGGGAGAUGAGGCACAAUGAGGAAGCCUUUGCCAUAGCAGAAAACUUGCACGAGUUGCGGCUCCUUCAAAUGGCAGGUAACAGCCUGACCAAAAAGGGGGUCUAUGCCAUCCUUGAAGGCUGCCCCCACCUCGAGUGCCUCGACCUCACCGAGUGUGACCACCUCAAAGUUGACGAUGAGCUCCUAGCUCGCUGCGCCAAGAUCAGACAUGUCUGGUUGCCAGGACGCUGGCCUCGUGUGCACUGCCCUGAUCUCCAUACCAUUGGGGAGGACGAAGGUGAAGUGAUCGAAAUGGAUGAUGUGUAUGAAAUAGAGGCUUGUGCUCUGCGCGACGAGGGAGCAAUGGAGCGUGGCAAUGAUGACUAUGGUGACAACUACUGGGACGACUACUCGCUCCCCUCAUCUCCCGGCUCCCCCGACUUGCCCGACGUGACGUGUGAUGACACCAGAUACUACACCUACAUACAUGAAUACUACUCUCUGUGAUCUUCUCAGUGCGUUUGAGGUGCGAUCAAUGCAUGCAGUUGUGCCAGCUUCAGUAUUCCAAAUCAUUGUCUUAGUUUUGCAUCUUUUGAGUAUUUUCAGACUUCAGUGUACAGACACGCCUGUGUUGCUUGAACUAGCUUACGUCUGCCGACCGACAUUGUGCUUUUUACCAGCUUACUGUGUCUAUGGUCAAGGUUAUGUCUGGAUUUGUGUCAAAAUGUACCAUGCCAACUUUUUGGCCAUGACUAAAAGUUUGGUCUUGGUUGGCAUGGUUGCUUUA